AUGCCCCCUACAAGAAAUUCACGUGCUAAUAAGGAGAACGAACCAAUUACUCGCCCUACUGUUCGUCAGAAGGCAAAAUGGACUCUUAUGGACGAUACAAAGCUGGUUGAAUGUCUUGAAUACCAGAAGAGUAUAGGCAACCAGUCUGAUAGUGGUUUCAAAUCAAUCACUUGGACGUAUGCUGCUUCUGAGCUUAACAAAGUUGUUGUUGAGGGUGGGGAGAAGUCGGCUAGUGGUGUUAAGGAUCAUUGGCAGCAAGUAGAUAUGUUGCAAUUGAUUGGCUUCUUCACAAAGCCUCUGGUUUUGGGUGGGAUUCUACUCGUCAUCUUGUUACUGCAGAUGAUGAUGUAUGGACCCGACUUAUAG